AUGGACCUGGAGAGAAACUUACAGAUGCCAGAGUGUGGGAAGGCUUUGCUCGCAAUUCUGCUUGUGGUCCACAGAGAAGGCCACAGGAGAGAAACAUUCAAAUGCCUGCAUUGUGAGAAAGGCUUUGCUCGCAGGUCACACCUUGUGUCUCAGAGAGGUCACACAGGAGAGAAACCUUACAGAUGCCAGCAGUGUGGGAAGGCUUUGCUCAAAGUCAGGCCUUGUGUUCCAUCAGAGAGGCCACCACAGGAGAGAAACCUUACAGAUGCCAGAGUUGUAGGAAAGGCUUGCUUGCAAUUCUGCCCUUGUGGGUCCAUCAGAGAAGGCACACAGGGAGAGAAACCAUUCAAAUGCCUGCAGUGUGAGAAAGGCUUUGCUCGCAGGUCACACCUUGUGGCUCCAUCAGAAAGGCCCACACGGAGAGAAACCUUAAGAUGCCAGCGUGUGGGAAAGGCUUUGCUUGCAAGUGGCCUUGUGGUCAUCAAAGAGGCCACACGGGGAGAACCUUACAGAUGCCCGCAUUGUGGGAAGCUUUGCUUGCAAGUUACUUUUAAUGAUGUGGCGGUGUACUUUACCAAAGAGGAAUGGCAACUGCUGGACCCGAAGCAGAGAGCAUUGUAUGAGGUGGUGAUGAUGGAGAACUAUGGGAAUGUGUCCUCCUUGGAAGAACUUGAGACACAACUGAGAAUCGACACUGGCGAGAAACCUUACAAAUGCCAGGAGUGUGGGAAAGGCUUUGCUCAAAAAUCACACCUUGUGUUCCAUCAGAGAAGCCACACAGGAGAGAAACCUCACAGAUGCCAGCACUGUGGGAAAGGCUUUGCUUACAAGUCAGCUCUUUUGGUCCAUCAGAGAAGCCACACAGGAGAGAAACCAUGCAAAUGCCAGCAGUGUGGGAAAGGCUUUGCUCAAAAGUCAGGUCUUGUGUUCCAUCAGAGAAGCCACACAGGAGAGAAACCAUUCAAAUGCCAGCAGUGUGGGAAAGGGUUUGCUCAAAAGUCAGGCCUUUUGGUCCAUCGGAGAGGCCACACAGAAGAGAAACCAUUCAAAUGCCAGGAGUGUGGGAAAGGCUUUGCUCAAAAUUCAGGCCUUGUGGUCCAUGAGAGAAGCCACACAGGAGACAAACCUUACAAAUGCCAGCAGUGUGGGAAAGGCUUUGCUUACAAGCCAAACCUUGUGAUCCAUCAAAGAGGCCACACAGGAGAAAAACCAUUCAAAUGCCAGCAGUGUGGGAAAGGCUUUGCUUGUAAGUCACAUCUUGUGGUCCAUCAGAGAGGCCACACAGGAGAGAAACCUUACAGAUGCCAGCAGUGUGGGAAAGGCUAUGCUUGCAAGCCAGGCCUUGUGUUCCAUCAGAGAGGCCACACAGGAGAGAAACCAUUCAAAUGCCAGGAGUGUGGCAAGUGUUUUACUUCAGUUGUCAACCUUAGAAAUCACCAUAGGAUUCAUACAGGAGAGAAGCCAUAG